AUGGAUUCCAUGCCAGUUGCUCCUGCGGACACUGCACAGGCCAGUCCUCAAUCUUCUGGAUGUAGCUCAACUUUGGUCGCCCAGACGCAAAACAGCACCUCAUUAACACAGUCACCGGGACUCAAAAGAAGCACAUUGCCCACAGCUUUGGUGUAUGUCCAAAACUCAAAAGGGACUUACACAAUUUGUCGUGUGCUUUUGGAUAGCGGCUCUGAGCUAUCCUACGUUUCUGAACGAUGCGUCAACGCACUUGGGCUCGCUCGUUCACCCUCAAGAAUUCUAGUUUCCGGAAUAUCUUCCGUCAAGGCCGAAACUACUAGAGGAUUGGCAACGCUGCAUAUCAAGUCAAUGGUGUCACUUCAUACAAUUGUUGUCGCAGCUCAUGUGCUGGGCAAAAUCACAUCAUCACUUCAACGGGACGACAUUGACGAAACAGCUUUAAGGAUCUACGAUGGACUCCAGUUAGCCGAUACUUCGUUUAACACAUCUUCACCCGUAGACAUUUUACUGGGAAAUGAACAAAUUUGGUCCGUUUUGUCAGGUGAUAGAAAAUAUGACGCCGAUGGAAAUAUUAUUGCCAUCAGCUCAAUCUUUGGAUGGAUAAUCACUUCAGUUGCAAUGCCGCAACCAUUAACCGCCAACACGCUCAUGACUACUGUUGACAUUAACGCCUCUCUUCAACGCUUUUGGGAGAUCGAGGAUAACACUGAGCAUACACAACGGGACCCUGCGCACGAAAAGGUAGAGCAGCAUUUUCUGACCACACAUUCCCGAGACCCAGACGGCAAAUACAUCGUUGAAUUGCCUUUUAAACACGAAUGCCAAGAGUUCGGAGACAGCCUACAGGGCGCUGUCUCACGCUUCUACGCUGUGGAACGUCGUCUGCAGCGUGAUAUGGAGCUACGCAAGCUAUAUUCAAAAUUUAUGAGCGAGUAUCUAAGCCUAGGUCAUAUGCGUAAGCUGCCCACUGAAGAAUGCAACACAUCAGCAAAAACGUUUUAUAUGCCACACCAUCCAGUUCUAGGAAAGAAGCUGCGCGUGGUGUUUGACGGGUCAUAUGAAGACGUAAACGGGCACGCUCUAAAUGACGCCUUACACAUCGGACCCAGCAUACAACGCAACCUUUUUCAUGUAUGCCUUCGCUUUCGAAUGCACAAGUUUGUGUUUUCGGCGGACAUAGUUAAAAUGUUUCGCCAGAUAUGGGUUGCCCCUAAGCACCGCAACUUUCAACGGAUCGUAUGGAGAGAGGCUCCGAAAGAUCCUCUUCAACACUUUCAACUCUGCACAGUCACCUAUGGAGCAAGCUGUGCACCGUUUCUUGCUGUCAGAGUACUGGAACAACUAGCGCGAGACCACCAGGAUGAGUUUCCCACAGCCUCAAAAAUUGUGCUUGAGGACUUUUACGUAGACGACGUCCUCACCGGCGCUGAAACUGAAGACGAAUUACUUAGCCGCCGCGACGAACUCAUCCAGCUGAUGUCCAAGGCUAAGCUUGAGCUUGGCAAAUGGGUGUCUAACAGCAGCGUCAUCCGCCACACCCUGCAAGACGAGCUCCAAUUAACCAGUGCGGUUAAAGUUCUAGGAAUGCUAUGGAAUCCCCAAGACGACGUCCUGUCCUACAAAGCUUCGCUUUCUACGGAGCCAGAUGCUACUAAACGGCAAGUAUUGUCAGAUGUCUCACGAAUUUUUGAUCCUCUAGGUAUUCUGGCGCCUGUGAUAGUACAGUUCAAGAUCCUUUUCCAAGAACUCUGGCUACUUGACCUGGACUGGGAUUCAAAACUCCCACCAAAACUGGCUGAGUGGUGGCAAACCUGUCGCGACGAUAUCAACUACAUAACCAACCUAAGGAUUCCACGUUAUGUACACAGCGAACCGGGAAAAAUCGAAUUACAUGGAUUUUCAGAUGCAUCCAUAAAGGCAUACGCCGCUGUUGUUUACAGCCGUGUAAGCAACGCAGACGGCACCUGCUUGGUGUCACUUAUGGCAGCCAAAACACGCGUUGCGCCACUAAAGCAACAAAGUCUUCCUCGGCUGGAACUCUGUGGCGCGCUAUUGCUCACUCGCCUUCUCCGAGCUGUUAAAGAAGGCUUGCAUCACAAGGAUAUAGUUGUGCAUGCUUGGUGCGAUUCCACGAUUGUCCUUUCGUGGCUGUCGCACACCCCAUCGAAGCUGAAGACCUUUAUUGCCAACCGUACUUCGGAGAUCCUAGAUGUCAUACCACGCAGCGCAUGGCAUAACGUUGGCUCAAAGGAUAACCCUGCCGAUUGCGCAUCGAGGGGAAUGCUAGCAGCCAAUCUCAUGAGCUAUGAGCUGUGGUGGAAGGGACCACAUUGGCUACACCUCGACGAUCUGCUUGCUUCAAAGCUGCGUAGUGGCAACAAUCCCACAACAAUUUUGGACACGCCCAUAACGGAUGGGCUGAAAUCCUCUUCACUAUCCAGCCGUGUUGAAUCUGAACCUGAAGCGUCCCCGAUUGAGUGUCUAUCAUUUCGAGUUUCUUCCUGGACCAAGCUGAUUCGCUGCACUGCUUAUGUUUUACGGUUUAUGCAUCGAGGAAUGAAGAAACGGAUUCCGUCAAGCCUCACACUCACGUUUGAGGAAAUCAGCGAGGCCCGCAUUUAUUGUCUAAGGCAGGCUCAAGGAAGCUUCUCAUCAGAUCUACACCUGUUGCAAAGGGGAAAAGCUGUGGCAAAUUCGUCAACACUUCGAACACUGUCACCCAUGGUUUGCAAGAAUGGCCUGCUUCGCGUAGGUGGGCGCCUCUCAAACUCGCUACUACCGGAGGAAGUCAAGCAUCCAAUUAUUCUGCCGAAACAUCAUCGCAUUUCUCUGCUUAUUUUGGAACACGAGCACAGGAUACAUCUUCAUCCAGGUGUGACAGCACUUUUCGUCAUCGUUCGCCAACAAUAUUGGAUAGUUGGCGCACGCAACAUGAUUCGUAAGCUUACACAUGCUUGUCUCAAAUGUUUUCGCCAACGCCACAAAACAACUGAUCAAUACAUGGCGGACUUGCCAGCUGUUCGGGUACGUCAAGCAUACCCAUUUGAAAAUACUGGGUGCGAUUAUGCCGGACCGCUUCUACUCAAGGUGCACAAGGGACGGAAUCCACGAAAGGAAAAGGGAUACAUUUGUCUAUUCGUCUGCCUAGUGACCUCUGCAAUUCACUUAGAGUUGGCUACAGAUCUCUCCACGGAUACAUUUCUUGCUGCACUUCGUCGUUUCAUCUCCCGUCGCGGCAAGUGUACCCACAUCUUCAGCGACAACGGUCGCAACUUUGUGGGAGCAAAGAAGGUGUUAGACGAAAUGUAUAAGCUCAUCCUAUCACAGCAGCAUAACACUCAAGUAACCCAAGCGUUGGCCAGCGAGGGUAUCAAAUGGAGUUUUAUACCACCGCACGCACCCCACUGGGGCGGAAAAUGGGAAUCAGCUGUUCGCUCCGUAAAGCUUCAUCUGCGUCGUGUCAUCGGGAACUCCAUCCUCACAUUUGAGCAAAUGCACACCCUUCUGGCUCAAAUUGAAUCCGUCGUCAAUUCACGCCCACUCUCCGCUACGUCAGACAUCGAGGUUUCCUACUUAUCACCCGCACACCUGCUGAUUGGACGCCCUUAUACAUCACUUCCAGAGGGCGAUCUUGGCCACAUAGCAGUUAACCGACUGGAUUACUGGCAAAAUGUACAGGCAAUGCUACAAGGCUUUUGGAAGAGAUGGCAUCAGGAGUACCUCACUACACUUCAACAGCGCCCUAAGUGGAAUACGGAGAGGAAGAACAUUGCUACUGGGGAUAUGGCGAUCAUUAAGGAUUCAAACACACCCCCCGCCGCUUGGACUUUAGCGCGCAUAAUUGAAGUCUACCCAGGCAAGGACGGGCUGGUACGGGCCGUAAAGCUGCAAACUUCAUCAGGAGAACUUGUUAGACCCAUUUCUAAAAUUGCCAUCUUGCCUAAUUCAGAAACUUAG